GCCACAAUCCGCUCCGCCAGCUCUCGCUCCAGCUCUCCAGCUCCAGGCACCGCCGCCCCGACUCUCCGAGCUGAGCCCCAUGGCCCGCGCCGCCACCCCCGCCGCACCCCGCGCCCUCCGGCUCCUCGGCGCCGCGCUGCUGCUCCUGCUCCUGGUCCCCGCCGGCCGCCGCGCCGCAGGGGCGCCCGUGGUCGCCGAACUGCGCUGCCAGUGCUUGCAGACCUUGCAGGGAAUUCACCUCAAGAACAUCCAGAAUGUCAAGGUGACGCCGUCGGGACCCCACUGCGCCCAAACCGAAGUCAUAGCCACUCUCAAGGAUGGACAGGAGGUGUGUCUCAACCCCGAAGCCCCCAUGGUCAAGAGAAUCAUCAAUAAGAUGCUGAACAAGGGCAGCACCAACUGAGCUGGAGAGAAGGCAGAAGCCUAUGGCUACUGUUGCAGCCUUAGUGAAAGGGGAGCAGAAGAGAAAGAGAACCCUCCUGAGACGUCUUGAACUGUGUUUAAUGUAUUUGACUAUUGCCUAUGAGUAUUUGUCUGUUUUUUAACAUAUGUAUUUAUUUAUUUAUUUAUUUUCUCAAAGCUAGCAUAUUAAUGUCCUAGCUAAUAUUUAAAGAUAAGAAUUUGGUAAUUUGCUGUACUAUUAUUUUAAAAGGUCAUUUUUAUGUUCCAUCAAAGUUGGUUCCGUUCUAUUAUUUAAUUUGCAGAUGACGAGUCUUAAAUAUUCUUCAUUCAUUAAAUUAUUUCCUUGGGGGGGAUGAUGGGAGAAACCAUGCCAUUAUCAUUCACCAUGAUAAAGGCCGGAGAUAAAUACUGUGGGAUCCAAGCAGGUACAUCCCUGUUAGGGUCUUGGAAUGUAGGUGCACAACUGUUUUUGUACUCUCGAGAAGAAUGCCAGCUGUUAUUUAUUGAGAGAGUUUCACAGUAUGGGGUCAACAUUUCUGAUGUUGAAGCUUUAAAAACUCUAAUGUUUUUAAUAUCCCUUGGACAUUUUAUGUCUUCCUUGUAAGGCACACUGCCUUGUUUACUGUUAAGUAAUGUGGUGUUUCUCUAUGUCUUGGAAUAGAGAAGUUUAAGUAUUUAUUGGCGUACUUUCACGAAUAGCAUCAAAAUAAAGCUAUUUACAAAAG